AUGCGUUGGGAAUUUAAAGUAAAUAAUCCAUACGAAAGUCGACGAGCGGAAGGUGAACGUAUUCGUCGUGAAUAUCCAGAUCGUUGUGCAGUCAUUGUUGAACGUGCACCUAAUUCACGUAUUGCAGAUCUUCCAUCAAAAAAAUAUUUAGUACCGAAUGAUCUUACAGUUGGUCAAUUUUAUUUUUUAAUUCGUAAACGAAUACAACUUCGACCUGAAGAUGCACUUUUUUUCUUUGUUAAUAAUACAAUUCCAAGUACAUCAAUGACGAUGGGAGAACUUUAUCAACUACAUGCGGAUGAAGAUAAAUUUUUAUAUGUGGCUUAUAGCGAUGAAUCAGUUUAUGGUUAA